AUUUUUUCCUAUUAUGUCGACUUAUGAAUCGAAUACAUUUCAAGAUAACCUUCGACCCAUUCAACUAUCUUAUAAAUCAGUGGUUACAAACCAAUUUUUAAGAACAACUCGGAAAAAUAAAUCAAAAAAUACAGUAGCUAAGCCAACUAUGAGACGUUAUUCGACAUAUACUAUUAGACCUUCUAGUAGUAGUAUUCAUACCAGUUUACCUAUCGUGAAUAGUGCCACUACUACUUUAGCAACACCGUAUACUACUGUAGAUAACAAACUACCUAACUCUACUACUCCAAUAUGGAAUAACAAGUAUCAAUCACACUCGUUUGAAUCUACUCAUAAUUCAUUACCUUGGCUUAUCCCAGUUCUAACUGUAUUCUCUUUACUUGGAGUCAUCUUGAUAGCUAUAUGUUUCUUUUUCUUGGGACGUCGAAAGUUGAUUACAACAAGACAAGAGAAGGAUAAAAGGAAGCAACAGCAUCAUGAAAGUUGGGCAAGUGCAAGUACAAUUCAGAUAAUUGCAGAAGAUGAAAAAUCAACGAUACAACAGCUUCCUCCUACUCAUGACUACUACACAUCAAUAAUAAAACAAAAACGAUUGACUGCAGAGACUUUAGUAGAUGAAGAACAAGAAGAAUCAUGGAUGUCUAUGCUCAAAAAGCAGUACGCUCCUCAACUUGCAUUGAGCCCUGCUUUUAGUGCAGAUGAAUUUCAAAAAGAAACUUAUUAUUAUCCAUCCUUAAUAUCCCAGAAUGGUGGUUGGAUGAAUAUAUUAUCAACAACAACAACUGAUACCGAAUUAUUAAGUAGUUCUACCAAGAAUAAUAAUAAUAAUAGUAGGCCUAAAAUUGAAAUAUAUGAUCCACAAGUGAAUUUACAUAGUAAUGAAAGUGAGGAGACCCCGUUUUAAUGCUCCUCUUUUUCCCCGUACUCCUAUUUAGAAACUCAGAUGCAAGUUUUUUUUUC